GGUGCGGCGCGGAGGGAGGAGGAGAAGGAGGCGGCGGCGCGUGCCAUGCGCGCGGGGGGGCGGGCCCGGCGGCGUUAACCCCUGUGCGGCCGUGACCCCGCGGCCCGGGGGGACGGGACCGAUGUAGCGGCCGUCCGCGAGGGAGCGGAGCGCGCAGCCAUGGCCGACGCCGAGCGCGCCCCGGAGGCGGCGCCCGCGGACCCCGAACGGGGCGAAGCGCAGACGGACGGGGAGAGCGGGCGGCUGCCGCCCCCCGAGGAGGCGGCGGCGGCGGCGGAGGGCGCGGGGGACCACGAGGCGCGGCCGUCGGAGGGCGGCGCGGCGCAGCCCGGGCUGAGGCCGCGGUACCGCGCGGCCGUGGGGCGCGCCCAGGAGUGGCCCGCGAAGAAGAAGCACCGUCGUCGGCCGUCGAAGAACAAACGGCGCUGGAAGCCCUACUCGAAGCUGAGCUGGGAGGAGAAGCAGCAGUUCGACGAGCGGCAGAGUCUGCGCGCCUCGCGGCUCCGCGCGGAGAUGUUCGCCAAGGGGCAGCCCGUGGCCCCCUACAACACCACGCAGUUCCUGAUGGAGGACCACGACCAGGAGGAGCCCGACCUGAAAACCGGGCUGUACCCGCGGCGCUCCGCCGCCAAAUCGGACGAUACGAGCGAGGAGGACUUCCUGGAGGAGGCGGCCGAGGAGGACGGCGGCAGCGAUGGGAUGGGGGGGGACGGCAGCGAGUUCCUGCAGAGGGACUUCUCGGAGACGUACGAGCGGUACCACGUGGAGAGCCUGCAGAACAUGAGCAAGCAGGAGCUGGUGAAGGAGUACCUGGAGCUGGAGAAGUGCCUCUCCCGCAUGGAGGACGAGAACAACCGCCUGAGGAUGGAGAGCAAGAAGCACGGCGAGGCGGUGGAGGCGGCGCGGCUGCUGGAGCUGGAGGUGGACCGACUGCGGGCGGAGAACCUGCAGCUGCUGCGGGAGAGGGACGUGAGAGCGGCGGAGGCGGCUCCGGAGUGAGCGACCCUCGGAGCGGAGCUGCGGGACGCGGCGCUCAGCCCUCCCCCUUUGGGGGCGGGUGGGGAGGGGUCGCUGUCAAAGUGAACUCAUGAUGAUGCUCUUUUUUUUCCCUCCUCCUCCUCGUGUGUGUGUGUGUGUUUAAACCAAAAAGGAAAAAAAAGAAAAAAGAAAAAAAAAGUGUAAAUUGGCCAAAACUGACUAUAAAAAAAUUAUAGAGGUCUAAUAAAUUUAAUUACUUGUAACUGUAACAGUUUCGGUGUGAUUUCUGGGGAAUGUUCAAAGUGUUCUCCCACGAGGGAAUGCAGUUUGAGUUGUUUUCGGCGCAUUUCGGACACGGAAAAACGGAGCUCCUCACCGAGCUCAGCACCGCUCCGCGCGCACUGAGGCUCCUCUGGCGCUGCUGUGCUCGGUGGGCUCCGGGCCGACAGAGGGGGGGCACCGCGCCGCGCUGCGUACGACGGGCACAGCUGACACCUUUCUAACGCUUCUUCGCUCACCUAAAGGCUCGGUUCGUUCUCCUGUCUC